AUGUCGGAACCAAAGUACGCAAAGUCCAAGCUCAUCUCGCGGGGUCCAUUGGACCCCAAAGAAGCUAGAUGGGCCAGAAUGAUCAAGACCACAUACGUCGAUCCCAACGGAGUCGAGAGGACCUGGGAAUCUGCUGAGCGCCAGACCAGACCCGCAAACUGCGCCAUUGAUGGCGUUGGCAUCGUGACGAUUCUCGAAAAGCCUACAGGCCCCGAGUUGCUUCUACAAAAACAGUACCGGCCCCCAGUUGAUAAGGUUGUUAUUGAGGUUCCUGCUGGGUUGAUUGAUGCCGGGGAGACGGUGGAGAAUUGUGCCGUGCGGGAGCUCAAGGAGGAGACGGGGUAUGUUGGGGUUGCGGAGCAGACUAGCAGUAUUAUGUAUAACGACCCUGGAUUUUGCAACACCAAUCUCAACAUGGUCCACGUUCGUGUUGAUAUGUCCCUCCCCGAGAACCAGAACCCGAAGCCACAGCUCGAGGAUAAUGAGUUUAUUGAAUGUUUUACGCUGCCGUUGGCUUCUUUGUUUGACGAGAUGAAGAAGCUUGAGAGUGAGGGAUAUGCGAUCGAUGCGCGUGUGGGGACGAUAGCAGAGGGUAUUGAGAUUGCGAAGAAGCUGAAGCUUUGA